AUGGCAUUCCGUCUUGUACCUAUUGAUAACGCAAGCGCGAGUGUCACUAGCACCAACAUAAAUCUUGAUACAGCUGAGUCUGCUCACAGCCAACAGUCAGUUCCAUACCGUUCUUCCAGUGGAGUUACUCACGAACCUACCAUUAGUGACGCACAGCGGUAUUCUAUGAGCAGAGGUGUCAGCACUGUACGCGAGCUCUGGACUGAAUGGCACGUCGGUCUGUCUAAUCGGCCAUCAAUUGAGUCGCUAGAGAAAAAAUACGGGCGAAAAUGGCGGCUAUCAUCAAAAGAAUCCAAGUUUUACUCUCGCAGACACUGUGUGAUCAAGUACGUACGCUUCUUAAUAAACCAAGGCUCCACAGUUGAGAGUGCGCUCAAUAUUGCCGAAGCUGAGAAGGGAACAAGAAGCAUUGAUGCGUUCUCCCCAAGCACUUAA